GCCAUUUUUAUCUGAUAAAGGAAGUCCAGUUGACGUUAUGCAUUAUUCAUCAGAGUUCCAAUCAAACAAUCAAAAUUGUUUGCUUACACUGGGGACAUUUAGUAAGAUCAAAGAAAUCCUCCUUGAAACUACUGGAGCUUACACCACUGCCAGGCAGCUCUUGAUACUCUGCAGAAUCUGACUGAUCAUCCAUGCUGGAGUAUUGCACAUAAAGUUCCUUCAAAAUGGACUACUUUUUGGAUGUCGAGUCUGCUCACAGACUGUUUUACAGUCAAGGAGCCCAAGCUCGUCGGGCAACUCUUCUCACUGUGCCCACUCUGGUGACAGCAACCUCUGAGGAUGACAUAGACCGGAGACCCAUCAGAAGACUCCGGUCUAAGAGUGACACCCCUUACUUGGAAGAAGCUAGGAUCUGCUUCAACCUUGAUAAUGCUCGCCGGGCCACGCUGCUCACCGUGCCCACAUUAAUGGCGGCAUCUUCCGAGGAGGACAUCGACCGCAGACCCAUCCGCCGCGUCCGCUCCAAGAGCGACACCCCCUACCUCGCCGAGGCCCGCAUCUCCUUCAACCUCGACACAGGCCUGUGGUUUUCCCCUCUUUUCCUGACCUUUUCUUUCCUUAUGGGCUCUGUCAACAGCAAACUACACCAGAGGUCACUUGCUUUCAAAAAUGAAGAAAAAGAAAGUUCUUUCUUUAAUUCUCUGCACCAAACACCAGAGUUCCCCUCUUUGGGAAGGGGGGAAGUGUGAGAAAGGAUCUGUAGCCGGCAAUACUGCAACCUCCCUCAUGUCCCAGCAGUAGCACACAAAAUGACCCAACUGUGUAACAUUCUUUGAUGCUGAGCCUGUCAGAUCACUGCCUGCUGUAAAGGGAAAAGAGCUGCCUCAGAGUUGCUGCUUGCCAUGCUGCGGUCUCCCCCAUCCCUCCUCCCCUCUUUCAGCUGGCAGAAAGUUGGAGAUGGCAGAGAUGCGUUUUCUUCUCCAUUUGGGGGUAGAACAGAUUCCCCUCCCCUUCCUGUUAUCCCUGCUGCAAUUACACCCUUGGUAAUGGCUGAUAUGCAGUUUGGUUUUAUCAUUGACAGAACGGUUGGUUACAUUGUAUGGCAGGUCGUUAUUUCUCUCUGAUCAUGACUUUUAAAAAUUACCAAACCAUAGGUAAGUUGGGUGGCACUUCAGGGCACAGGCUGGAAGACCAUGCCAGAUGCCAGUUUUCAGCUCUGUAAAGAACUGGGAGUGAAAAGAGAAAGAGCAUCACCAUGCAUAAGGUGUAAAUAAAAAAAAGGCUGUGUAUGAUUAUUUGACUGCUGAAAUAACCCUGCGCUGACUUGUGUUCUCACAGGUAAUGUUAUGACAUGUAGUUAUAAAUAGAUAAACCAGUUAAGAGCAAGGCACCUUCAGAUCACCUGGUGCCUCAUAUCUCUAUGCUGAGCUAGACAUGCUGUCUUUGCUACAAGUCCCAGAGCAUGUGCAAAUCUCUAGGUACCUCUUUCCUGCAAUCCGCCAAAGAAUUUGAUAAUUACACUUAGCUUCUUUCUGUUCCUCUCCUCCCCCUGGCUCUCUAUAAUUUGUGUCUUUACUUGCAAACCUGGGAAUAGAAUUCCUUAAAAAGAAAUAAUGAAAAGAAACAGUACUGGUAUAUCAAGAAAUAUAAAUGAAAAAUGUUUUAAGUAGUGCAAGUGUGUGUUUUCAUUAAUUCAUCUGGCAGUGAGUAGUUUGGAGCUCAAAAAAAAAAAAAUUGCUUAGCAACCAGUAUUGAGUGAGUGAGCCAAAAAGCAAGUGAAACGUGCCACUGAUACCCACUUCAUUUCUGAGCUGUUGGGUUUAUGCUUCUGUUUGCUCAGAAAGCUCAAACUAGGAACUCUCUAGUCUGAGGAAAAAGCCAUUAAAAAAUGUGUUUAGCCCCUUUUGCUCGGAUUUGAUAAUGCCGUGCGGCUCAGGGUUUCCUUUUGAAUCUAAUUGUGAGGUGCAGUGUUCUUGAAUUUAUUUUUUUAGCUCUAUGCGUGGGGAAAAAUACCACCCUGUUUCUAAACCGGCCAGGUUUCCAUUUGCAGUUUCGUUGCUGGUGUCGUUGCUGCCGUGCCACGGAGGGUGCCAGGUCGCUCCCGGUGUCCCGGUGCCCUGCAGGCGGAGGGGCCGCCCGGGAGCCCGCGGGCGCUGUCCGCCGCCCCCGGUGCUGAAGCCGCUCCGCCGGGGGUGGAGGCUGCGUGUCCCGCCUUGCCUUGUUCUCCCUCGCAGUCCAUGUGAGCACAGGGGUGUGUGUAUUUCUUUGCCUGCGCAAGGGGAAGGCGGUAGGACGGAAGUAAAGCCGUUUCUUCAACCCACGGAUGCAGUCGGAACUAAAGUGACGCUUGGGGCGCAGGAAAAAACCUCUUCCUUACAUGCUUAUCACUUGCUUUCCAUUUGGUGCAUUCCAUAUCUACAGCUGCUGCUCAACCACUGCUUACAGAGCUAUUUUUCCUGCAGCUGGUACAAGUCAAGCUGUGUUCCCCAGUCAUUGUCUCCUGUGAGGACAUGGUCAGAGCGUGGCUGUACAUGCAGCUGCUUUGCUGUAUUGGAAGUUAAAAUCCACUUUUAUUAAUGAACCAUAACCAGACGCAGUGAAUACUGCUCUUCUCCACUCUUAAUUACAACCACUAGUUAAGAACUAUCAGGUUUUUAUCUACUUCAGCUGUAAGUCAUAAUUAUACCAUUAGUGCUGUUAUCUGUAUUGUUGAACAACUGAGAGAUUGCAUACACAGAGUCAAUUACACAAUUUGGGUAUAGCACAUAUUUGGUCUGGGUUUUUAAAAAAACAGAAUUUGUAAGUGAUUAACAGUGCAGCUUCUACCCCGCCCUGUAUUUUGAUUAUACCAACAAUUCUGCUUUGUUUGAUUUUUCUAAAACAUUCCAGUUUAUUAUGUUUGUUUCUAAUAUUGAUCAAUUAACUCACAAUUAUUACCUAGCAUGAGUUGACUAAUGCUGUUCGAUUAGUUUUUCCUGGUAUGUUUUUUUUCUGCUGGUGUUCCCAGACUGAUUAAAAUACCAAGUUGUUUUCCAAACUCAGGGUUAUUCUCCCUACUAUUAUACAUAUGCAAAUCCUAUUAAUCUGAGUUAUGUGCUUAUAUUAAGAGGAUAAUUCUUCCCAAAGGAUUCAAAUUACCUCUUCUGCAAAAAUUAAUGUAGCUACGUAGCAUAGUAAAGCCAUAGACCAGUAUAAAUUCUUUUUUGCAUAUUUGAUACUAAAUCAGUCUGCAUACAGAAAUUAAUUUUUAAUUUUCUGAACAACUUCCUACAGUGCAACGCUAGAGGAAUGGGGAAUGUGCUCUCACUUUUGGGUGGUUAUCUUUUGUUUUCUUUAUUAUGAUUAGCAAUCUGGCAUUGCUCCAUCUCUUAACAUCCAUCUUUGGCUUUUCUUACAUAUCUUCUUAAGAGCAGUUUUCAGAUUGUCUUUCUGACUUUCUGAUUCAGGCAUCUAAAAGGUAAUCCAAACUUACUUCUGAACACUUGGACCUCCAUCUGUCCAAUAGUGUAAUCCCUUUCCUGGUCCUGUGCCAGCUGACAAGUUCAAGUGUUUUUUGUAGGUUUUGACCUAUUACAGGUUUUGACUGACUUCUAUUCAUCCUCUUGCAAAACACUGUACUUUUAAAAUGGCAACGCAUGUUGGGUAGCUUUCGAGCUUGAUGAAUUGGCAAAGAAUAGUUCCCAGUAAGGAAAUAGACCACUUAAAAAUUCCCUAAAUGUUCCAAAGUGUGUGAGCUUUUCUUUUGCCUCCCCCUUCAUGCAGCUGUUUGGGGAAUCCCUGUCAGAAUUUUUUUGAUGUUUGUGUUAGGGGAGGAGGGACUAUCACACUGAGUUGAUCUGGUCAGGUUCUCUUUAGCCCUUCAAGUGUUAGUCAUUAUUGAAAGUAUUUCUAUAUAUACGCAGAUACUCUUACUCCUUCCUAGCCAAAAAAGAUGAAGCUUUGUACUGCAAUCCUUUGCAAAGCUGAUUCUAGCAGACUGGCCUCCUGUUAACUGGUGCAAGAAGUUGUCUUUGUCUCAGCUCCACAAUCAUUCGGGGAGGUCACCGAAUGUCAACCUUUGUUUGAACAAGGGUGAUUGUCUACUUAUUUAACCUGGGAAUGGAGACUCAGGGAGAAAGCAAGCCAAUGCCUUGGAGAAGGUGUAAGCCCAGAAUGACUGCAGAAGCUGUAUGAGGGGUCAGCAAAGAGGGGAUGUUCCUUCAGAAAGAAUAUAUUUAGCUUCCAUGCUGUGAAAUGAGGGGAGAGGAGCUUUUGAAUGUGAAUAAAUCCCUCCCACCCUGACUUAAAAGUGUGUACCAGUGGUGAACAGAAGCUAGAGGAGUGGCCAGCGGAGUGCAGGAGCUGGGCUCUGCAGAUAGAGGGGGGAGAGACGUAGUGACAGAUAGGACUCAUUAGAGAUGGUGCAGCCUGUGUUAGCUAUGGAACCCAGCUGGCUCGCUUGGCCCUGAAGCGUAGCACAGAAUUUUAGUGUACUGAAGUCACUCAGUAAUCUCACUGAAGUGUCUGGAUCCUCAAGUGAUUUAAGUCAUUUGUUGACUUCCGCCAGGGAUCUAAGUCAGACUGUAGAAGUACACAUCUCUGCUCCCCUUCAGUGAUGAAAAAUCUGUUUUAUCUCUUUGUGGUAUGGAGCCACAUGUUCUCAUGGAAUGUGUUCUGGGAAAGAACUGAGUGGCUCUAUGUAAUUUUGCCAUGUGUACAGAAGAAAGGUCUAGAAAGGCAAGUGAACUUGGUACCAUUUACUAUUCUUAAGUGGUGACGAAUAAAUCACACUGGGGAGAGGAAAAAAAUCUACAUCAGCCUGUGUUAGUGCUGCUGCAAGCAGAAUUAAUUCACAGGGUGUAAAGAGGGAGGAGGAUGCUGGCAGAAACUGCUGAAUGGCUGAGGCAAAUGUUCUUGAGCUGGGAAAUGUUCAUGGUCGGCUGUUUCUGUCAUGCAGAGCUGGUGGGGGAAAGCCAGGACACAAAGGUUGACUGUUGGUUUUAUAUGCAGGAACUUUCCUGGUCUGAACGAGGCACAAAGUUGAAAUCCAAAGCUUCUUACAUUUUCACUGUCCUGGCACCUUCCACUCUGGGCCCUAGUGCUUCUUACAGCCAUCAUGGUAGGCUGCCUUACUGUUACUGUUUGUAUCGCUGUGUUUACUCCAUCAUCUAGCUUUAUACCUAUGCAGAAUACUUUCCAGAGAGUAAAAUAAUGUAUGAUUUUCCUUUCUAAUGGAAAGAUAACAUUAUUUGUGUAUUAGCCUCAUACAUGGUGAUUUGUUUGGAAGGAUAUGAUAUAUUUUUCUGCAGUGAUCAAUGAGGACUUCUUGAACUUUCAUAUUGCCAGUGUAAAAUAAGAAUAUUUAUACGGCUCACGGAGGUGGGUAAAUUGUAAAUAGGUGAAAAUAAAGUGAAAUGACUUGACUGGAUUUUCUGCAGGAAAUCUCCGUCACAAUAAUUAUUAAUUUUCUCCAAAACCCGUCAUUUGAUUUAAAAGUCUGUUUUGAAGUUUCUGAGUUUGCCCCUGGUCAUCCCUACAUAUGAUUUAGUGCACUAACCCAGUUAAUCGUCUCUGCAGUCAUUUGAAAUGUUAUCACAUUUGGAGUUGUGUUGUUUCUUUCCUGUUUACCCAGUGUAUGUGUGAAUAUAUCCAUAAUAAAAUACUCUGCAUGGUUUCA